AUGUGCCAGGAGAUAGUGUUGGAUUCUUUAUGUUUCCAAGCGUUCGGACACGAGGAACCAAACUGGCGGAAUUCUAUUAAUAAUAAAACAUUGAACACAAAAAGUGCUCGUAAAUGUUCAAAGCAUUUUAUUUCUGGUAAAUGUGCCCGACUUAAGGAUAACCAAAACCCUGACUGGGUUCCUAGCUUGAAUCUAGGAUACAAAACAGUUCCACUUGUUCCCGAAAAUAUUUUGAGGACCCAACCAAAAGGAAGUAAAAAUGUGGAUGUCAAAAGCGUAGAGACAAAAGAAAAUGUCUCGGCUAACAUUAUGGCUCCUGAGAACUAUGGUGCAUACCAAGAUACCGCAUCAGAGGAAUUGGUUCUUGAUAAUGUUUUCGAAGAAAAUGCUAGUGCCAAGAGGGAAGAAAGCCAAGGUUUGGACUUUUCUCAUCAGGAAGACAUGUUAGUAACAGAAAACGAGGAAAAUGGGAAUGACGAUUCAUAUGUAGAAGAGAGUUCUUCUAAUACUGUUGGAACUCAAACUGAUCUGUGGAUGAUUGAGAUAGAUGACUCUCAAUUAAAGUUAAAAGAAGUUCAAUUCACUUUGGAUCUGAGGGAUGCCAAGAUUGCUGCUUUACAAAAACAACUAGAGAACAUGGGAAUCGAAAGUUUUAGAAACGAUGAUGUUAAAACAAAUUACUUUACAGGCUUGCCCCUUUUCCUUACCCUUUUUACUUUAUAUAAUGCUAUAGAAUCUAAUAUUCCUUUUUGUUUAUUAAAAAAUUUAAAUAAAUUUCAGGUACUUAUCCUUACUCUUGUAAAGCUUCGUCUGAAUCUGCCUUUUAAGUUGCUUGGGUAUAUUUUUGGAAUUUCUACGCAAACUGCGUCAAAGAAAUUCCAUGAAUGUAUCCUGGUACUAAACAUGGAGAUGAAUGCUUUUAUAAGAUGGCCAGAUAGGAACGCCAGGACUUAUUUUACACCAUAUAGUUUUAAACAACUAUUCGGUGAUAGGCUUGCGGUGAUCAUCGAUUGUUUUGAAAUCCGUAUUGAAAAGUCUGGUGAGCCAUUGGCAAGAGCAGCGACGUUUUCAUCGUACAAGAGUUCUGAGACUAUAAAAUAUCUUAUCGGAAUAUCACCAAGUGGAAAUAUAAAUUAUAUUUCCAAUGGAUUUGGUGGAAGGACGAGUGAUAAAUUUAUAGCUGAGAACUCUGACUUCUUGAGUUACAUUGGGCCUGGAGACAUAGUUCUUUCGGAUAGAGGAUUCCUCAUUAGAGAAGCUGUCGAAAGAAAAGGAGCAGAGUUGAAGACACCUGCAUUUAUGGAAGGAAAGCCGCAGUUAGGACCCGAUUCACCCAUGACAACAAUUUCCAAAAGGAUCAACGAAGACGAAGUGUAUUAUGAUGCUAUUGUGCGGACGUGUUGCGGAUUAGUAAAUCUUACCCCUUCGGUAAUUCCUUCCAUAUUAAAUGAAUAAAAACAUGUUUUUUUUAAAAUUUUUUUUUAUUGUAUAAGAACUUUGUAAAUAAUUUUUUGUCAACUUUAGUAUAAGUAUAUUUUUUAAUUGUGUAACUUUGUAAAUAUUUAUUUCUUUAACAUAAUUUUAAAUAAAAUA